UUGAAGUUUGCCUCAAGGCAGAUUCCGAAGCCUCUUUCAACGACGUUCGUGCAUCAAUCUACAGGUUGCUCGCAAAUAGGCAUCAAGUCUUCGCUAAUGGACCUCUUGUUCUCAAUCUGGGCGAAGAUCCAUUCAUUGAUGACAACGUAGCUUCAAUCAACUUUGUCGACAUUGAUGAGCAAACUAUUGCGAAUCAGGUUAUUCUCUUCUGGCAAGUUGAUCUUCAAAUCAGCAUCUUCAAGCUGUGCCGAGGAGGCGCUGUUGAAGACACCGAACAAGAGCAAGAGGUCGCCUCGUUUGAAUCAUGGAACCUUCCGUCAGAGGAUUUCCAUGGUCUUUGGGAAAGUCUGGUCUAUGAUUCAGGAAUCAAGCACCGACUUCUUCGAUAUGCUGCAAGUGCCCUUCUGUUUUCAGAGAAAGGCGUAAACUGUCAGCUUGUUUCUUGGAACAGGGUGGUUUUGUUGUUCGGACCACCUGGUACAGGAAAAACAUCUCUGUGUAAGGCACUGGCCCAGAAGCUAUCUAUACGUUUCAAAGAAAGGUAUCAGACAGCUCAUCUUAUUGAAGUGAAUGCGCACUCUCUCUUCAGCAAGUGGUUCUCCGAAAGUGCAAAGCUUGUGAGCAAGCUGUUCAGUCACAUCCAGUCUUUCGUGGAGGAUAGAAGUUCGUUGGUGUUUGUACUUAUUGACGAAGUUGAGAGCCUAGCUGCGGCACGUCAAGCUGCUCUAAAUGGCUCAGAUCCCUCGGAUGCUAUAAGGGUCGUGAAUGCAUUAUUGACUCAGCUUGAUAAACUGAAGCAGCACCCUAACGUCAUGGUCCUGACGACUUCAAAUUUGACCCAUGCCAUUGAUCUGGCGUUCAUUGACCGAGCUGACAUCAAGGCCUUUAUUGUCGUACCUUUCCACGAAGUCUGUUGCUCAUCCCAUCCCACCAUCUCUUUCAUGAUCCCCUCCCAUCAUCUCUGCUCCUCGUCCCACCCCACCAUCUCUGCUCCUCAUCCCAUCCCAUCCCACCAUCUCCUUUCAUCAUCCCAUCACACCAUUUCUGCUGCUCAUCCCAUCUCAUCAUAUCUGCUCUUCAUCCCAUCCCACCAUCUCUGCUCCUCAACCCAUUCCACUGUCUUUGCUCCUCAUCUUAUCCACCAUCUCUGCUCCUCAUACCAUCGCACCAUCUCUGCUCCUCAUCCCAUCCCACAACAACCUCAGCCCAUCUCAUUUGUCCCAUCUCUUUUUGUUAUCCCACCCCAGUAUCUCUGCUGCUCAUCCCAUCCCAUCAUAUCUGCUCCUCCUCAUCCCAUCCUCCCAUAUCUCUCAUCGUCGCAUCCCACAAUCUCUGCUCCUCAUCUCAUCCCACCAUCUAUUCUCCUCAUCCCAUCCUACCAUCUCUGCUCCUCUGCCACUCAUUUUAUCCCACCAUCUCUGCUCCUCAUUCCAUCCCACCAUCUCUGCUCACCAUCCCAUCACACCAUCUCUGCUCCUCAUCCCAUCCCACCAUCUCUACUCAUCAUCCCAUAUCGUCAUCUCUGUUCCCCAUCCCAUCCCACCAUCUCUGCUCCUCAUCCCACCCACCCCACUAUCUCUGCUCCUCAUCCCAUCCCACCAUUUCUGCUCAUCAUACCAUCCCACCAUACCAUCUCUUCUCAUCAUCCCUAUCGUCAUCUCUGUUCACCAUCCCACCCCACCAUCUCAAUUCAUCAUCCCAUCCCACCAUUUGUGCUCAUCAUCCCGUCCCACCAUCUCUACUCCAUCCUGUAUCGUCAUCGCUGUUCUCCACCCCAUCCCACCACCAUCCCUGAUCUGCAUUGCAUCCCACCAUUUCUGCUCCUCGUCUUAUCCCACCAUCUCUGUUCCUCGUCCCAUCCCACCAUUUCUUAUCCUCUACUCCCAUCCCACCAUCUGUACUCAUCAUCCCAUCUCACCAUCUCUGUUCUUCAUCCCAUCCCACCAUUUCUUCUCCUCAUCCCAUUUUUUCUCCUCAUGCCAUCCUACCUUUCUCUGCUCCUCAUCCCAUCCCACCUUCUCUGCUCCUCAUCCCAUCCAGUCUUCUCUGCUCCUCAUGCCAUCCCACCUUUCUCUGCCCCUCAUCCCAUCCCACCUUCUCUGCUUUUCAUCCCAUCCCAGCUUCUCUGCUCCUCGUCCCAUCCCACCUUCUCUGCUCCUCAUCCCAUGCACACACGCUCCUGA